CCUCUUUCGAUCGUAGUGACGAUUAGUCUUACAUCCAUCUGUGUUGGCGGGAGAAUCGAAAGCUAACGAGCCUUGAUCAUCAAAGAAGGAAGUCUGCUCAAACAAAAGCUCCCAAAGUAUUCAGAGGAUAGGCAAGCAUCGCACAUGAUUCGAAAGAUCGAUAGGAUAUGAGCGCUACCAAAUUGCCGACUUCUUCGAUCGAAGCAGAAGGGUUGCUGAAACAAUGGCUUUCUAUAUGGGAUCAAGGAGGCAAAGAUCAACUCUACGAAAUAUUACAAAUUGCUUUCACACAAUCUCAGCAAGAUGGUGACGAUAUUUCAUCACAAGACUCAUUCUCGCUUCUAUUGCUGGCAUGGAUAACGAGGCAGAUCCUACACGACCAGAUUCAGCCUUCGUCGUUCUCAGAUGUUCUACUUCAGAUUGCACCGCCAAUUGGGAUAGAGAAUGGAGAUACAGAAGAUUCAGCAGAAGCAGGCCCAAGCAGAUCACACUCGCCAGAAUCCGAUGCUGCCCCCAACGAGAAGAGCAGUCCGAUAUCCGAACUACUUCUAGAUGCUAUCUGGACUGCGGAUCUACAAAUUGACGCUCGCCGAGAAAUUGCAGCGACCCACGAUAGUAAUGCGAUAAUAGACGACGCCCUCGACGGGGAGACACUGGAUGAACAAUCAUCCAGAUCACGAUCCCGACUAGCUGACAUUGUUUGUGAAUUGGUGGAACAACAGCUGCUAAAGCGGCUAGAUGUGGCAGAACGCUUAGAAUUACCUCUGUUACAUCAAAUCGGUCUCGUUCCCGAUGAACGUGAUAUGAGCCGUAAAGCGAUCCGGAUCAACACAGCUCGACUAUACAAACAGCAAAAGUUCAACCUCUUGCGCGAAGAGAAUGAAGGGUUCUCCGGUCUUAUCAAUGAGCUUCUCCUGGGAAUAGGCCCGCCGACUAUUGCAAUCAGCCAAGCAAAGGAUGAUGGCUCUUCAUUCCUACGCGUGAUCGAACAGGAAAGCGUCGAAGUGAGAAAUGAGAGAGCUCAAAGGGUAAUGAAUAACAUAUCUGCUCUGAUUGGGUACUUUGACAUGGAUCCGAGUCGUGUAUUGGACGUCAUUCUCGACAUAUUCUCGGCCAAUGUCUAUCAUCACUGGCCAUUCUUUCUUGCACUUCUGUCCCUUUCACCUUGGCGUACAGUGCAACAUGGAACGAAAUCGAAUGCAAUGGAUCUUGACGCUGAUGAAGGUGAAAAUGCAUGGCGCUUUGGCUCUGUCAAUACCAAUAUUAGUGGUGAAUCUGGUCAUCACACAUGCGCUCAGAUUUUAGGAUUCAAGUUCUCCUUUUAUCAACACCCGGAGACGACACGACAAAAUGGACUAGAAGAACUUUACACAGUGGCUGCUAUCCUAAUCCGGGUUGGUCAAAUACGCUUUGUUGACUUAAUGCCCCAUCUAUCACCCGACGAGAAAGGAAUGACAAAGCUACACGAAGAGUAUAAAACCGCUUUGAGCGAUCGAGCGAUGAGCGCAAAAGGUAACGCUCUUUCUAUGGCUGCUCCCUUGACAGCAGAUGAAGGAGAAGGUGGUGCUCUGUCUGAUGCACGAGAUGCCAACGGUCAGAAGGAUGCAAAUGCCGUUCCUCAUGUGAUGCCAAAUCAAGUUCUUGGCUUAUUGAAAGCUUUACUUGCCAUUGGCGAAAUUCGGCAUGCAUUCUUGAUAUUGGGAAAAUAUCCAUGGCUGUGCGGAGCAUUUCCAGAAGUCUCUGAUUUGCUAUGUCGAUUGUUGAACGUGAUGAUAGAGCCUAUUUACUCAUCCGUUGCACUAUCAAAGCAGAUCGAUGCCAGCCUUGGAUAUUUGACUGUACCACAACGAUACCGCUUCGACAAUAAGAAGCAAGAACUCAUCCCGCUACCCUUUCCUCGAGCUGACGUCACAUCACUGGCGCCUGAGCCGCUUGGUACACAUCUGACAGACUUUGUCUACUUCUUCCCAGAAUGGAAAGAGAAGCUGCCUAGAUGCACUGACGAACAAUUCUUGUCAGAAUUCGUACCGUAUCUUCGGAUGCUUGGACCGUACCUCAGCAGAAAUCUGACUCUAUUCCAACGCAUUUGCAGGAUUGGGAAAGUUGCUAUGCGAUCUAUCGAAGAUUCUUCAAAAGAGAAAACUGCCUGGUUGGAACUCAUUCGCAACGUUUUACUCCCUGCUCUUUCGAUGACAUCUGGAAACUCAGGAUUGGUGUCGGAGGUAUGGGUGAUCUUAAGACAAUUGUCUUACACCGAACGAUUUAGUGUUUAUGGCGAGUGGAAAUACUCGCUAUACAAGCGACCUGAGCUUCGAGUUCGACAAGCAGAAGUGGAAAAAGAAGCAAAAGGCAUCUUGAAGCGAAUCAGUAGCGACAAUGUCAAGUUGUCCGGUCGUGCACUUGCAAAAGCAUCUCAUGCGAACCCAACAAUCUUCUUUACCGUUGCCCUCAAUCAAGUACAAUCUUACUCAAAUCUGAUCGCCCCAAUUGUAGAAUGUGCCAAAUACUUGACGCAUUUCGAAUAUGACGUCUUCGGCUUCAACUUGAUCGACGCUUUGAGCAAUCCAGAAAAGGAUCGAACGAAGCAAGAUGGAACGAGCGUGAGCCAGUGGUUGCAGAGUUUAGCAGCAUUUACUGGAACCCUGUACUGGCGAUACGCAAUGAUGGAUUGCUCUCCCGUACUGCAAUACAUCGCCAAUCAACUGAAGGAGAACAACAUCAAAGAUCUUGUGAUCAUUCGAGAAUUGAUCUUGAAGAUGGCUGGAAUUGAGCCCUUGCAGAAUUUAUCAGAUUCGCAAGUAGCAGCCUUGACAGGAGGAAGGAUGCUACGUAUGGAAGCUAUGAUGAUUGCCAAUGCCGGUAUCGCAACGAAAACUAGGUUAGCUCUACGCAAGAGUAGCUCAAGACUUCUGCAUGCUUUGAAGCAGAGUAUGAUGAUCAUGCCUCUUUUAAUUCUCAUCGCGCAACAAAGACAAGCUUGCAUUCAUCUUGUGCCGGAUAGUGAAGCUCAUUUGAAAUAUUUGGGCAACCUUUUCGAUACCUGUCAAGAGAUCUUGUUCCAAUAUAUCGAAUUUAUGCACAAUCAGCUGGACUCUCAAGCCUACUCGGAUCUAAUACCUACUAUGGACGACCUUUGCAGAAGAUUUGAAUUGGAGCCUGCGAUUGCUAGUCACCUUGUUCGCCCUCGAAUGACUUUGCAGAUCCGCCAAGCGCAAGCGAAGGAGAAUGAAGAAAGACUUCGCAAGGAACUUCUAUCAAGUCAGAAUAAGAAAAGUACGCCCACUGAAGAGACCGAAAAGGCCGAAGAAGGUGACAACACGGAAAAGAAAGAGGAUGAUGCCAACAUGACAAAUGGGGAAGAAGAAAAGAAGCCCACAGAAGCAAAAUCAGAUAAAGAGAACAGUGAAGAUACUGAGAUGCAAGAGAACGAUGAAGUCAAGCCUGAAGUUUCAGCCGAGCAAGAGAGUGAGGAAGCUGACAAGCCUAUCUGGAAUCCAGCUUUGUCUGAAGCGUAUGAAGCGGCAGAGAAUGUACUGCCGGACGAUGCAAAGGAAGUGAUUGGAGUACACUUCUUUUCCACUUUCUGGCAAUUAGCCUUAUCAGAUAUCUCUGUUCCUGCAGAGAGAUACCAGCAAGAGAUUCGUACCCUGCAAAAAGUCAUUGACGAGAAUCCAGAAGGCAGCCGAUCUUCAAAUCCAAAAGUACGAGCUCAAGCACAAGAUUCUAUUCGACUUUUACGGGUAGAACUGAAAGAGCAGACUGCCGGACAUCAAUUCACAAAGAAUAGACUAAAGGUGGAAAAGAGCCAUUGGUUCAAGAAGGAUACAAAUCGAGCAGAUAUUCUUUAUGCGGCUUUGCAAUACUGUUUCAUCCCCAGAGCUUUACUUUCGCCAACAGAUGCAGUAUUUGCAGCCCGCUUUAUCCGGAUCAUGCAUACGAAUGCUACGUACAAUUUUGAUACUGUGAAGAUGUAUGACAAGAUCUUUAUGGAACAAAUCCCAGCACUGAUCUUUAGUACAACGGAAAAUGAAGCGCGCAACCUAGCAAGAUUCUUGCAGGUAAUCAUGACUGAUUUGACAGCAUGGUUCAAAGAUGAAAAGAAGUUCGUUUCUGAGGCUAAAGGCGAGAAUCUUCCAGGAUUCCAAAUUCGAUGGGGCGAGCGUCAUGGAGAUGAAGAAGUACCAGAUGAAGAUAUGAUGCAGUUCGAUCAAUUCAAAUCCAUCAUUCGAAAAUGGCACAAUAUGCUACAGUCAACUUUCAUCGAAUGCUUAACAUCGCGAGAGUAUAUGCGCAUUCGCAAUUGCAUCGUUGUAAUGACACGAAUUGCAAGCUUUUUCCCAAUCUGGGAACUUCAUGGUUCAGUCUUGGUAGAGACAAUCUCAAAGGUAUCAAACGAAGAGGAACGUGGUGAUCUCAAGGUGUUGGGACAAGGAUUGUUGGCCACAUUGAGAAAAGAGCAAAAAGGUUGGAUACCCAUGCCGAAAAAGAAAGCGGCUGAACAGUCAGUUGGCAAAACAGAUGAAAAGUCCAAAAGCACAGACAAGACUGUCGAUACCAAACCUGCUGCCGAUUCAUCAACAAAGGCCAAUGGAGAAAGUCUGGCUGAACAAAAAGACUCAGGUACGACCGCGAAGGCAGAUAAAGAUCAAAGGCCAGCGCCACAAUCCCGCUCAACGUCCACACACAAAUUGCCAGCCAGGCCUGGUUUGGAACCAAAAGCAUCUUCUAAUGCUCCUUCACCAAGACCAUCAUGGGAUGAUCGAACGACUUCGACGACAAAAGCUGCUGGAUCGGAUGACGCAAAAAGUGUACAAGCAGCAAGACAAGCUGCCCUUGCCAGUAUGCGAGAAGGCGCAAUGAAUCCACCCAAAGCACCAACAAGGGAUCGUGAACGUGAUAGGGCUUCAGCUGUGCAAAGAGGCAAUAAUAGCUCUUCCACUUCGAACCCGACGACAGCGAAUUCAUCAGCUCGCUCACGCAAUGACGGAGACAAGACACCUCGGUCGCAAUCCGCUCGUUCGCGUGAUACUUCACCUCGCGCAAGUGAUCGCGGUGCAACUGCCAAUCGGACAAACGCUGAUUCUCGAAGCAGAGCACCAAGUGAAGAUGUUAAUGGCGGCAAUAGACGUGAUCGCAAUUCGUCUGAUUAUUACUCAGCGCCUAAAGAUGCACCAAACAGACGUGAUCGUGGAUGGGACGAUAGAUAUGAUAGUCGACAAGCAGAUCGAACCAGAGAUCGUGAUUCACGUACACCUCGUGAUGCUCGUGAUAGUGAUCGAGAUCGCGAAAGAGAUCGUGAACGUGCCAAAAAGGAUUCUAUCAAUCAGGUUCGAGGUGGAGAUGAUCGUCGUGAUCGACGUGAUACCGAUCGUGAUCGAACAUCUACGCCAUCUGCAAACACAGAUCGACGAAAUGGAGCAUACGAUCGUCGUGAUAGCGCAGCGAAUGCCAACGACCGCACCAAAUCCCAGUCUUCACGGGAUAGUGAUCGUGGGUACAGCGCUCGUAAUGACUCCUCUCGUCAACCUGUCUCAAGCUCACGCACAUCUAGCAUUCCUCAAUCGGACGACAAGAGAGGUGAUGAUCGACGCGAUCGCGAUAGGGAUGUUCGGGGUAAAGAUCAAGAUGCUAGAAGUUCACAGCAAAGUAAGCCAGAAAGUGCAUCUUCAGACCGAAACGAGAGUACGCCAAAGGCCACUCCUUCCUCUAUGGCCGAACCAUCAUCUACUGCAAGUCCUUCAGGAUCAAAGAAGCGUAGUUUGUUCGAUCGACUAACGAUGGAACAAAAUGCUUCCAACUCAGCUCCUGCCUCGCCAGGAGGAAAUGGAGAAGGAUCUGCCAAUCGUUCAUCACCAAAAACGAAUGAUUCAGGUAACACACGCAGUGAUGCCGAUACGAGACGUGAUACGGAUCAACAACCAAACAAACGAGCACGGACAAGUAAAGCAGGCGAUGAUGAUCGUCGUCAUAUUUCCAGCUCAAAUGAUAGAGGCUCAGAAGCCGAUAAAGGUAUUUCCAUUCAUGGUCAAGGAAGGGCUACUCCGAACAAUAACAACAACUACCAAAACGCAUCUCGCUCUGCCAGUCAACCAUAUGCUCGUGGUGGUGGUGGACAAGGCGGAUAUAGAGCAGGUGAAGAUGCCUACAGGCCAAACACCGAUCAAACACGUUCUGCUUCCAGUGGUAAUCUCAGACGUGAUCGCCAACCGAACAGUCGUGAUAGAGAUCGUCGAAGACGUGAACGUCGAUCGGGCGCUUAAAUGCUAAAAUUGCCAAAUCAAUGUACAAUACCAAAAUGCAAUUGCCAAUAUUUUUCCAUCUGAAUGCAUUCCUAAUGAGCAGUGAGGGU